AUGAGGUCCCUUCAUCACGUCCAAUCCAGAAACAUCAAGGCUAAUGGGAGCAAGGCGAUGAGCUCCCAGCAGGCAUCAUUCGAACUAAAGCAUCGGGUGUUUGUCGCCAUGAACAAGCUUGCGGACCGUGACACAUACCAGAUUGGAGUGGAAGAGCUUGACAGGACGAUUGAUGGUUUAGGGCCGGAGGGCAUGAUCCCGUUCCUUUCCUGCAUCAUUGAGACGGAUACCGAGCAGAAGAGCGCAGUUCGCAAGGAGUGUGUAAAGAUGAUGGGCACGUUGGCCAGGCUUCACGGAUCAUUCGUGGCGCCUCAUCUCGGAAAGAUGAUCACUAGCAUUGUGAGACGGCUCAGGGAUCAGGAUUCUGUCGUCAGGGAUGCUUGUGCAGAGACUGUUGGCAUCUUGGCUUCCCACUUGGGUGGCUUUCGACUUGGUGAUGGAGGAGCCAUUGUCGUGUUGUCUAAGCCCUUGUUUGAAGCGCUCGGCGAGCAGAAUAGAUAUGUCCAGACAGGUGCGGCUAUGUGUCUCACUAGGGUUUUCGAUGAGGCGAGUGAAGCCCCCAUCUCCUUUCUGCCACAGAUGUUGACUCGUAUCGUCAAGUUGCUCAAGAAUCCACAUUUCAUGGCUAAGCCUGCUCUCAUCGAUCUCAUUCGAAGUAUUAUACAGGUAAUUUUGUUUUCUCUACGCUUACGAAAACGUGGAGUCAUCCGUCGUAUAUUUUCCUUUAUCAUCUGCCUUCGUCUUGCUUGUUACGAGACUGUUAAGCCGAGUUGUCUAUCUUUUUCGUCCUAUAACCGAGUCCAUUCUAUUUAGAUCUGUCCAUCUUUUUGUUUUUAUUUCAACCUGAACUAUACUCAGAAAACAUCAUUAAGUGCGAGGAGGUCGGUUUGUAUUUUUGUUUGUUUGUUUGUUUGUUGUUGUUUAAGUAGUGGUUCUUGUUAUUUACGUUGUAAUCAUCCUAGGGAAAUAAGCCAGUCGCCAAAAUGAAUGUUCAGGUAUUUUUAUUUGAGAUAGUCUUCAUUUGGGAUCUAUUCUCCAGUCAGUGUGGAAAUAUGUCAGAUAAACUACAACGCUUAAUUAUCGAGAUGAAACAAGAACAGUCACCUUGAGUUGUAUUGUCUGAAUAAGGGUCAAUAAACGGAGAAACCGUUGUGUAUAAGUUAUAUUACAUUAUUAUCGAAAUAAGCAAUCUUCUCUCUGAAGGCGAGGAGCAUGUAUCUCCGUUUUUGCCGCUCCAUUUCACUUUACUGGACGUUUUUCUCCAACAUUCAGGCUGGAGGUGCUUCUGCGGUGCAGACGUUGUCAUUGGCGGUGAAUAGUAUUCAGGAAGCCUUAAAGAGCAGUGACUGGACAACACGCAAGGCUGCAGCUGUUGCUCUACUCGGAAUUGCUGAAAGUGCUGAACUGCUAUCAGGAUCCUUGCGGCCGCUUAAGGCUUCAAGCAUCCAUUCUCUCGAAUGUUGUCGUUUUGACAAAGUCAGUUUCCUCAGGACGUAUAUGAAUUGUAUGGUUACAUGUUACUCCUAUUUGUAAUUGAUCAUAUCCCACUUGUUUCUAGGUGAAACCAGUGCGGGACGCGGCUGUGCAGGCAUUGAGCUCUUGGAAGUCCAUUCCAGGGCUUGAUUCUUUAGAAGCUCUAGAAGCUGGUUCACUUACUAAAGGUUCGGGUAGGCUGCUGGCGUGAGAAUAUGGAUGUGCACAAUUAAGACGUCAAUUACUAUCGUUUGAAAAUACCCUGCAUGCAUUCGUUUUAUCAUCCGGUUUGGUGCUUUUCCUUGCUAAUAAGUAUGAUUCCAUGGUUUAAUACGAGAAAAAAAUAAAUGAAGAACAUGGUAUUGGCAUCACUGUUAAAUAGGUGAGGUUGUUUAGAUCAGCCUUGGUUUAAUGGUUGAUUGUAUUGAGUCAGAAAAGUUGAUGCAGAAUUGGAAUUUAACGCUGGAGAAUGUGUUAAUAUCAAGUUCUAUUGCUGCUGGUGUAUGGGAGUGGUAAUACUCUUGCUGUGGCUUUCUGUACUGGUCAAAGGGAUACACUGUUAUAUACAUUUUGACCUUAAUUUUAGUUUGCUGUCACUUUUUGCAAAGCUAUUAAAAAUCAAUGAAUUUGUCUUUUCGGCAUUUUAUCCUUUAAGCAACCUCUUUAUGUUAACAUUGUUUUUGUUGCAGAAAACGUGAGUCGAGUUGAUUACCCUGAGUCUACUAGUCCUAGUGUUGGUGGCUGGAAAGAUGCCUUUUUAAGGAAAGUUGGACGCUCUGCUUCGAGAGACAAUUGUGCUAGUAUGACAAAGAGGAGUCCUCUCAGCAUCAGGAAGGGUUCUCAAAAUAAUGCACAAGAUCAUCUCUACUCUAGAGCUGAUGAUUGGCAUGUUGAAAUAUCACUUCCAAAAACUCGCAUCACUCCUCCCGUUGAGACUCUUCAUGAAGAAUCUGAAGGUAGUUGUGUGACAAAGAGUUUUGAGGGGAAAAACGACAAUGCAACACCAAGACAAGGUAAGAACUAUGGGUACGAUCUGCUGGAUGAUAAUCCAGAAUGUUCUGCGACAUCAGAUCUAGUGAACAUGAGUUUUGAAACUAAGCAUGUUACCGUUGCACCUGACUUUAUUGAGGAGGGCAAUUCGGUUAAUCUUUCAAGACCAAAGCAUCGGUUUCGUGCUGACAUGGAUCUUGCAACGGAUGGUUAUUUGGACAAGACUAAAGAGUAUAAGAGCAUAAUCCCGGGAGUUUUCUGUGGCUGUCCUUCGUCCUCUCCAGGCGAGUUGGCUCUCAUUAGGAAACAACUGUUGGACAUCGAACGUAAACAAUCCAGUUUAAUGGACCUUAUGCAGGUACGAUUCUGUCAAGGAUAUGUAUAAUGCCAUCUUUUGGAGUAUUGGCUUACUAAUAGAGUAACCUUAUUAUCCUGCUAAUCCUCAUGAGUUUUGUGUGUAAUGAUUUAUUGCUAAGUGAAUUAAGACUAAUUGUUUUUAUUUAUAUCAGUCCUGGAAAUGUCUGCGUGAAACGUCUACUCCAUAUCAUUCUGUCUUGGUGGUAGGUGGUCCGCGUUGAAAUGAAAAAUAAGGAAAUCAUAGAUAAUUAAAGGUUGCAACAGAUAUGAUUCCCUUUUAGCUCUACAUGGUAGUGACCUCCCCGAUAAAGAAAUUUCGAGGCUACCUAAGGGGAUGUUAAUUUUUGGAUUUCUAUCCGUGGUGGUCUGUGACACGUCUGUUAUAGAUCGUUUUAGUUUGGUCUUCAUCAUGUGGAGUGAUCAAAUUAUACUUCAUCAUGUGACACGUUUUGAAAUUUUUAGAAAACCCCGUGUGUUGAUCGCGGUAUGAUAACAAUGUGUACGAUCUUAGUCCUAGAUUAUACUUCUCUAAAGUUUGAGAGUGUAUAUAGUGUUUAGCUGUAAAAUCUGUAAAUUGGCGUUUGUUAUCUCUUGUGAAUUGCUACUUGCAUGUGUUGCUAAUGCUAGCGCCACUCGGGAAAAUGCCAUUGCUUGUAGGGCUUUACGACGAAUUCAAUGGAUGCGCUAUCGGUGUUGCAAUCAAAAGUUCACAAUCUGGAAAUCACAGUGGACAAAAUCGCACAGGAUUUUUCCAUGAGCAGGAACUGUGUCAGCGGGGCGAGAUCCAAAUUUUUGCAGGAUAGCGUCGGUUCCUCCCCCAGGCCCUCUAGCUGCAGCUCCAGGCGUUCGGUGGAUACGAGCUACAUGCAGUCUUCCUCGCUGUCUGCAAGGCGUCGGGAGAUGUCGGGAGAGACGGCUCUUCCGACGAGUAGAUUGAAUGUUCCUGUCAUGGGGACCAGCGACACCUCCAAGAAUGCUACCUCGAAGAAUCCCAUAGCUGAGGGAAGAAGCGAGAAGAGCAGUGGGAGACGCCAUCAACGCUGCGAGGACACUAUUCAAGCUAGAAAGUCCGGAGGAGACGUUACUUCGCCAGCUCGUGUUUCCGGCGCUCCGCAGGGCCGAUUGGAUGCGAGGAGCGCCGUUUGGAAACGGAUUAAGGAGAUGAUGCGCGUGGGAGAUUUGGAGGCUGCGUACGCAGAGGCGAUAGGUUCGGGCGACGACCUGGUUUUGAUCGAGCUCAUGGAUAGAACCGGUGCGGUUCUGGAAGCGUUCUCUCAAGAGACCGCCAGCGGCGUUCUUUGCGCGCUGUCCGUGUACAUGACGGCGGAUCAGAGGUACCUGGAGCUCGCCAUUCCCUGGUUGCAUCAGGCAAGUCAAUUAAUUGGGUUGCUCUAUUUUUGUUCUCUCUAUGUCUUGAUCUCGAUUGGGUCGGGUCAUUAUCAGUCUCUGUUGAAUUCACUCUUUGCUCUGUAUUCCUCUCCCCCUGCCGCUGGUUCCGAAUGGAUGGAUGGUGCAUCUCGUGCGACGCAGGUGGCGGAGCUGAGCACGGGAAGCGAUCCAGGGGGGCUUCAUCUGACGAGGAAGGCGAGGAAAGAGCUCCUGAUGGCUCUGCAGGACGCAGCAGCCAUGGAUUCCGAGGAGCGAGCGUCCAUCGAGCAGAUUUCGUCGAGGCUGCGGCGCGUAUGGUGCGAGGCCCCUCCUCCACCCAGGUGGGCAGGCAACGACGAGUAAGCACCUCCCGUCCGCUGGCCGCGGCCUCUUCUCUCUUUUUAUUAUUCUUAUAACGAGCCGUGGGAGUAUCUACAGUAGGCUGAUGGAUGAUGAUGAUGAACUUUGCUUUGCUUUUGUGCUUUGGACGCAGCAGCGGCAGGAGCGUGCAUGGCAAGGACGGCCUGGCGCUGAGGGCCAAGGAGCAGCGUGUCUAGCCUAACCGACCUUGAUGCGCCCCCCUCGCCUGUCGUUGUUCGUCCGUUUUGUAGGACGCGUGAGAUUUUCCUACUACUGGACGAGCAGCGCCCUUUUUCGAGCAGCAGCGGCCCUCCGGACCGAGCAGGCUUGCCGUGGCCACGUAGCACCUGAUGCUGGCGUGUCGGGCGCCACACAACCUCCUGCGAGCGACGGAGGGCUUGCAGAUUUGGAUAGCACGUAUCUCGAGGGGGAGAAAGGAACCCGUUAAAUCCUGUCCCUCUGCUUUCCGGAAGGUCUCUCUCCUGCUCUGGUUUUUCUCUGCUUUUGGCGCGUCGUAG